GUCACCAUUCUCCCAAGAUGGCGGCUGACAGUGAUCCCGAGUCCGAGGUGUUUGAGAUCACAGACUUUACCACAGCCUCCGAAUGGGAGAGGUUUGUUUCCAAAGUCGAAGAGGUUCUGAAUGACUGGAAAUUAAUUGGGCAAACGUCAAGGAAGCCACCAGAGAAGGGUGAAUAUACCACCGGCGUUUGGGAAGAGAAAGGAGAUGAAGUUUCAUUUGCAGACUUUAAGUUCAGCGUCCGACAUCAUUAUCUGGUUCAGGAAACGUGCGAGAAGGAAGAGCUGGAAGACUCGGGGGAAGAAUCCCUCCCUGUCUGCAUGCAAGAUCUGCUCUCCACAAACAACGACUUUCCGCCAGUCGCUCACUGCCUGGUCCGAUGGUACGGGCUGCGUGAGUUUGUGGUGAUCACUCCGGCUGCUAACGAUGCCAUCAUCAGUGAAUCCAAGUGCAACCUUCUGCUGAGUUCGAUUUCCAUUGCUUUAGGAAACACAGGAUGCCAGGUUCCACUUUUUGUGCAAAUUCAUCAGAAAUGGAGGAAGCUGUAUGUGGGAGAAUGCCAAGGACCCGGGGUUCGCACGGACUUUGAGAUGGUUCACCUGCGGAAAGUUCCCAAUCAGUACACGCAUUUAUCAGGACUCCUCGACAUCUUCAAAGCCAAAAUUGGAUGUCCUCUGACCUCGCUCCCCCCUGUGAAUAUCUCCAUCCGAUUCACUUACAUCUUACAAGACUGGCAGCAGUAUUUCUGGCCCCAGCAGCCUCCAGAUAUAGAUGCGUUAGUUGGAGGAGAGGUCGGAGGGCUGGAGUUUGGGAAGCUUCCCUUUGGUGCCUGCGAAGACCCAAUAAGUGAACUUCAUUUAGCAACAACCUGGCCUUGUCUGACGGAAGGGAUCAUUGUGGACAACGAUGUGUACUCAGACCUUGAUCCACUCCAGGCUCCCCAAUGGUCUGUCCGAGUUAGGAAAGCCGAUAAUCCUCAGUGUUUGCUGGGUGAUUUUGUUUCUGAGUUCUUUAAACUUUGUCGGCGGAAAGAGUCCACGGAUGAGCUCCUCGGAAGAUCUGCCUUUGACGACAAUGGAAAAGAGACGGCUGAUAUAAGCCAAGCGCUAUCCAAACUGACCGAGCCAGCUCCGGUCCCCAUUCACAAGCUGUCGGUUACCAGCAUGGUCCACAGCGCUAAGAAAAAAAUCCGUAAGCACCGCGGAGCAGACGAGUCGCCUCUCAGUAAUGACGUCCUGAACGCCAUCUUAUUUUUCCUCUUCCCCGAUGCUAAAUUGCUUGAUGGAUCAGAAGCGAAGCAGAGCACCUUCGCUGGAAACAUCUCAUCUCAGCCCGAGAGUGAAGACUAUAACCUUUACAGCCAGCUGAAGUCGGCCCCUCCGGACAGCCUGACGUACAAGCUGGCCCUGUGUCUCUGUAUGGUCAACUUCUACCACGGAGGGAUGAGAGGGGUUGCCCAUCUGUGGCAGGAGUUUGUGCUGGAGAUGCGGUAUAGGUGGGAGAACAACGUUCUGGUCCCAGGGCUAGCAGGCGGACCCCCAGAUCUCAAGUGUUGUUUGCUGCAUCAGAAGCUCCAGAUGUUGAACUGCUGCAUUGAAAGAAAGAAGGCACGUGAUUAUGGUAAAAAGGGGAUAGGUGCAGACAGCUCCAGCGACCCUUCAUCCAGCGCAAGGGAUCCAGGGGAAACAGAGAAAACCAAGUACGAAGUGGGAAAGUCCUGGGAUUCCUGGAGUGACAGUGAGGAUGAGUUCUUUGAGUGUCACAGCGACACAGAGGAACUAAGAGAGAGUGGACAGGAGGUCGUGAGGAAGACAUCAGCCAAAGACGACUCAAAGGAGACUGCGAUGCUGAAACCAGAAGGGCGUUUGUAUCAGUCUGGGAACCUGAAGUUGUUAAGCACAGGGGAACCGCUCUAUGUCCCGGUAACACAGGAGCCGGCCCCCAUGACCGAGGAUUUGCUGGAGGAGCAGUCGGAAGUUCUGGCUAAAUUGGGGACCUCUGCUGAAGGUGCUCACCUCCGGGCGCGCAUGCAGAGCGCCUGCCUGCUGUCUGACAUGGAGUCUUUUAAGGCCGCUAACCCUGGCUGUGGUUUGGAGGACUUUGUCCGGUGGUAUUCCCCGCGCGAUUACGUCGAGGAGGAAGUAGUCGACGAGAAAGGCAACGCGGCGAUGAAAGGAGAACUUAGCGCCCGAAUGAAAAUCCCAAAUAACAUGUGGGUGGAAGCGUGGGAGACGGCCAGAGCCACCCCGGCGCGCAGGCAGCGGCGCUUAUUCGACGACACCAAAGAGGCAGAAAAGGUCCUGCACUAUCUUGCAGUCCAGAAGCCGGCAGAUCUGACCAGACACCUUCUGCCGAGCGUCAUUCAUGCUGCUCUCCUCAAGUUAAAAGAAGAAGAAUCCGACGAGGAGAUUCCGUCCGUUAAAAGGACGAUAAAGCAAAUCAUCUCGCAUGCCAGUAAAGUCCUGCGCUUUCCCGGGCCGGACGACAAGAAGCUGGAAGAUAUCAUCGGCCAGAUCCUGAACGCGGAAGCCAACAUCGCGAGAGCCCGAUCGCUAAAGGCCAAGUUUGGAACCGACCGAUGUGACAAUCCAGAAGAAAAGGAGGAUCUUGAAAAGUUUGUGAGCUGUCUGCUGGAGCAGCCGGAGGUGCCGAUCAUCGGGGCAGGGAGAGGACACGCCGGAACCAUCAUUCACAAGAUGUUUGUAAAUGCGCAGAGGGCUGCAACAAUGGCGCCUGUGGAGGAGGAACCCAAGAGGCCCGGCUCCUCUGACGAUCGUAGACUUUCUGGGUCGGACUUUCCUGCCCCCGCAGGCCGUGAAGUCAUCCUGUGUACCAGCGUCCCCAGGCCGGCGCCGUACUCCAAAGUCCUGCCCCAGAGAAUGUACAGCGUCCUGACCAAGGACGAUUUCCGGCUCGCCGGCGCUUUUUCCUCUGACACGUCCUUCUUCUAACGCCGCACUCCAAAGUGUCAUCGACUUAGGAGUAUCACCCUCAGCUUUCAACGGAUCGCCAUCCAUGUGCCCCCGGCAACCGUUAAAUUAUAGCUCGAUAGCCGACACUCAAACGGCAGUUCCUAGCCUCAAACCGGGGAGCUGAAUAACCGAUAUCGGAAACCGUUUGUAAAGUAAGAAAGUUUUAAGCGAAUAAAUGUAAAUGCGUGUUUCUUUA